AUGGCGAACCUUCCUAAUUCGCUCUCCAUGAAUGCUCCCUUCGGAGGACCUGGCGGCCCUAACCCUGGCGCCGCAGGAGCGCCGGCCGGAAAGGAACGGAGAAUGGCGUCUGCCGAGCACUUGGUUCUCGAGCUGAGCAACCCCGACCUUCGAGAGAACGCUCUUCUCGAGCUCUCUAAGAAGAGGGAAUUAUUUCAGGAUUUGGCUCCAUUGCUGUGGAACUCCUUUGGUACAAUUGCUGCACUUUUGCAGGAAAUAGUUUCAAUAUAUCCUGUUCUGUCUCCGCCAAACUUAAGCCCUGCUCAAUCAAAUAGGGUCUGCAACGCCCUUGCUCUGCUUCAGUGUGUUGCCUCUCAUCCAGAUACAAGGAUGUUGUUCCUUAAUGCUCAUAUACCUCUCUAUCUGUACCCUUUCCUCAACACAACAAACAAGUCCAGGCCUUUUGAGUACUUGAGACUUACUAGUUUAGGUGUCAUUGGUGCUUUGGUGAAGGUUGAUGACACUGAAGUCAUUAGUUUCCUUCUGUCAACUGAAAUAAUCCCCUUGUGUCUGCGUACCAUGGAGAUGGGGAGUGAACUGUCAAAGACGGUCGCAACAUUUAUAGUUCAGAAGAUAUUACUGGACGACGUGGGUCUUGAUUACAUCUGUACCACAGCAGAAAGGUUUUUCGCAGUAGGAAGAGUUCUCGGUAACAUGGUGACGGCGCUUUCUGAACAGCCAUCUCCUAGGUUGCUGAAGCAUAUCAUCAGAUGCUACCUUCGACUAUCUGACAACCUCAGGGCAUGUGAUGCACUAAGGAGUUGCCUACCAGAAAUGCUGAGAGAUGCUACCUUCAACAGCUGUCUUCGCGAAGAUCCCACCACAAGGCGAUGGCUGCAACAGUUGCUUCACAAUGUCGGGGUGAACCGCGUUCCUGCUGGACUUCAGGGUGGUGGAGGAUUUGAUCAUAUGUUGGUAAACUAG